CAGUACCGACAGAGCUAGCGACGCGACCAGUUCCGAAACAUAACUUCACCGGAAAACAACAUUGCGCGAACCGUUACAUUCUUGUGCUGUGAGCGAUCGAACACACACUAAUACACUCACCAACGAAUUUCCCGCACAGUGAAGAGAUUUUCCUUCCCCAUUGAACUGUACCUCAAUAGUUGCGUAUUUGGAGUUUUGGAAAAGUGCACACAAACUAACUAAUUGGAAAUGCAGUACUCGAGCAGUUCGGAAAAUUACUCAUCCUCGUUGCGGGACAAGCCUUCAAAAUGGGGCAGGAAUGACAAGAACUAUGCCUAUAAGAAGUCAUCCUAUCAAUACUCAAGUUCUGGCGAUAAUAGUGCCUCGUAUCAGGGCAAAUCACCCGACCAGAACAUUGAUCAAUUGGAUGCCUUGCUGGAGGAUCUGAAGCAGGAACGUCAGAUUACUAACAGGGAUCGCGAUUUACUGCCCAGCAAUGGAACGACUUAUAGAACACUUGAACGCACUGAUCCCUCGGGCACUGUAACGAGGACUACGCGAGUGGUCACGACCAGCAAACACUCGGGUUCUGGAGGCCAGCAGCCCUAUAUCGAUGAUGUUGAGACCUUUAAUCCCACCGAUUAUAGCACCCUUCAGUCCACGGCCAAGUAUUCGAGCUUGAAGCGUGAUGAAUAUCAGACCAAGGAAAAACCAUAUACUCUGGCCCACUCCCCCGGCGGUGGACACUACGAGAGCAAGUCGAAAAUCUACGAGAGCAAUCGUACUAUUAACAACAAUGUGGAACUGUUGCCUGGAACCACCAAUCAGACAUUGACCAGCGGCACAACCAUCGACAAGGAACUGCAGGACAUCGCCUUGAGCGAUGGUAUCCUGCCUGCUCCGGGCACCAAGGUCACUACCACGGUGAGGACCUACACCUACGAAAUUCCGCCCACAGGACCUGGUAGCAACACCAGCACCAUUAACCGUACUCACACUCUGAACAACUCGAACACUUUGAGCAGCAGCUACAAACUCCACGAGAGCCACAACUCCAGCCAGAACUUCUCGCAGCUUUCGCCCAUCCCGCAUCAACAGCCGUCCCACGUGCCUCAGACUGUGGUAUUUAACAGGGAGAGCUACUCCACAUUGAACAGGCCCAACGAUCGUCCGGUGGUUAGCAACCAGUCAUACGAGAUUCGUGAGCACAAGGAGACCACCACUCGCGGAGUGAGUCCACAGCCUCGUCAGUUGCCCUUGGGAUCGGGUCCGGCAGGAACCCCACCAGGCAACCGUACCGUUAUCUACAAUAUCCAUAAGACGGAUCACGUGAACACAGUCAAUGAGCUGCCUCCACAGCAGCGCUAUCCGCCGCACAGUCCGGCUCACAGUCCCAACUACGGAGGACCUAACAGCCCACCGCUGCAGCCCGGAGUGAACCGUUAUUACUAUAAGGAGACGGAGACCUCAAACACAGUCAACAGUAUCCAUGGACCACCAAACGGUGGACCCUAUGAGCCUGGUCUUUCUCAAUCUGCACCCCUUAAACAGCUGCCGCCUAACAACGCGUAUCCACAGCAGCCAGCAAAUGGCAAUGGUUAUCCCCCAAAUACGACCACUUAUAGCUACAAGUACUCAUCGACCACCAACACAAACAACCGUCGUGGUCCGGACUAUGGUUCACCAUCUCCUUUCCCCGUAGAUGGUGUCGAGUAUCCAGUCAAUAGUAAUCCUCCUCAGCGAGUGGACGAUCUGAUGCAGUCCUUUGGAACUACCACUGAUCAUGUGGAUCGCGUGGACAUUGAGACUCCAGUACGCAAGCGCGAAAUCGAAACGGCUGUGGCCUCGCCCAACCAGCAGCAUGUGCCAUCCGUCAAUAAGGCUGGAAAGGAGGUAUACUAUCCGCCCGGACACGAUACCAUUGUCAUGAAGCGCGAGGAAAUGCAUGCAGGAUCUGCUUCAGGAGGUCGCUGGGCCAAGGGAUCUGGAAUGUAUGAGUACGAGUCCGGAUCCAAGUCAAAGACGAAAACCAAGUCCGGUGGUGCCGUGGUGCCCCUGUGUCUGCCCCUCUGCUGUGCCAUGCCUUGCUCCAUUAUGUAGAGGGCGUAUAUCGCCGGGCAUACCGUAUAUUGUAUAUAGGCUUCUAACGCUAAAUCCUGCCCCGCAUCCUUAAUUGCUCUCUACUUGUCGUCUAACCUAUGAAGGGUUUGCUUGUCACUUGCUCUAAUCGUUAUAUGCGAAACUUUAAAAUAUUCUUUACGUUAUUAUUGUCUAUGUAUAUAAUUUGUAAAACGUCAUCUACGGAUUUGCUCAAAAUUGUUGCUCUAGCAUUUAAAUUUUCCAUUGGGAUGGCCAAAAAUUUUAAUGGAUACCAAUUGUUUUAACUGUAAUUUGCAUAUCGCAAACCAAACACUAAUAAAUGAGCCAUGGAAUCCAAUUAUCCCUAUUAUUCGUUUUACCAGCGACCCCAAGUGCCCACUAAUCAUAAAUAAUAAUAGUAAUUGUAACCCCCGUCGUUACAGAGCCAUAAAUACUAUCUCUAAUACACGUAGUAACCCUAAUAAAAGCGAGAUCUAACAAACGAAA